AUGAUCGAUCGGGAAAGAGCCCAGAUACAGGCGGCUUACGAUACCUACAAGGUGGAUCUUCAGGUCAAAAUGGCCAGAGCAUUCGUUCAGCAACAUAAGAACGAUGAAUGGUUCAAAGAGCGCUACAUCCCGGAGAUACGGGACCCUCUUCGUCGAAACCUGAUGGAAUUCAGAGUGGGCGCUUAUCAGCAGUGGGAGCGGGAUCUCGAUGGGGGUUUGUUUGACGAAUUUACUCUGGAGGGCAUCUACAAAAGCGAAAGUGACGGCGCGGGCGGCGUGAUUGAGAAAGAGGAAGGCGAGACGACAGCUGUUGGGGAGACCCUUGGUGUUCUAGACUUGCUUCCUGCCAGAGGCGGAGAUCUGCGUGACGAAGCUUUAUCACAACCCGCCUUGCUCAUCAAGACGCUGGCACCAAACGUCAGCCGUCAGAAGAUCGAGGAGUUCUGCAAGGAACAUCUUGGAGAACAGGAUGGAGGGUUUAGAUGGCUCAGUUUAAGUGAUCCGAACCCGUCAAAGAAGUACCAUAGGAUGGGAUGGAUUAUGCUACAUCCUGCCCCCGAGGUUGCGGUCGUCGAAAGAGGUGAUGGACGCGAAGAAGAGGGCGAGAUGGACCAGGACAAUGUUGCCAAUGGAUCGGGAGCUGCCACCGUUGCUGAAAAGGCACUUGAGGCGACUAACGACAAGACAAUUCAUGACCCAGUUCAUGGAGAUUUUGUAUGCCAUGUUGGUGUUCACGCGCCGCCAGCUCAACUUCGAAAGAAAGCCCUAUGGGAUCUUUUCUCUUCACCUGACCGGAUUGAGCGCGAUCUGGAGUUGGCUAGGAGAUUAGUCGGGAAGCUUGACUCUGAAAUGGGACACGGCGCUGAUGGUUACGCCAAGGUCGAAGAACGUGUUGAAGAACUUCGCGGAAAGGGCUGGUUGCAACCACCGGUUACUGGACCCGUUAGUGUUAAGAGAAGGAAAUCCAACUUCGACGCUGACGAUGUUGAUGAGGGUGAGGCUGAAGAAGGGGAAGAGCAGGAAGACUGGGCAGACGAUGAGGUCGAUGAUGAGGAGCUCCUGGCGAAGAAGAAGAAAUUGGAUCUGAUGGUAGAAUACCUUCGUCGAGUGUAUAACUUCUGCUUCUUCUGCGUUUUCGAGUCCGACUCGCUCCACGAGCUAACGCGCAAGUGUCCUGGUGGACAUCUCCGUCGGCCACGAAGUGGUCUUACCACCCAGGCCAAAGCCGUUGCUAAAGCCAGUGCCCUCGGGCAACCUUUCCCCGUCAAGAGGAAAGACCCCAGCGAGGAAGGCGAGGAGCAAGCACCCUCUAGUGAGAAGGAGAGACGCUCCCAGAGAUACAGUUCGAAGUCGGAGCAGCAACUGCAGCGUGCGUUUAACUGGGUAAAGACAUUUGAGGACAAGAUUCUUCAGAUUCUCGAACCAGAGAAUGUGGACAUUGUCAAACUCGGUGGCAAGCCCGUUGACGAAGCCUUGGAAGAGGAACUGGCCAAACAUGUCAAGCAGGAGGAUGAGUCAAAGUUCCGGUGCAAGGUGCCAGAAUGCACGAAAUUGUUCAAGGCAGAACAUUUCUGGCGUAAACAUGUUGAGAAGAGACACUCGGAGUGGUAUGAACGUAUCAAAAAUGAUCUCACCCUCGUGAACGCCUAUGUGCUUGACCCUGCUCGCAUUGCGCCUUCGCGGUCCGACGCCAAUAGCAACGGCCACUUCCCUCUCAGCUCCGGUCAGAACCAGGCUGGCACACCUCGUGGUUUCAGUCUGGCAGCAAUGCCCCCUUACCUUGCUAAUGGAGCAGUCGCAGCUGGCCUACAAGGCGUACCGGGAGGACUGCCCGGUUUCGUGAGCAACCAAGCGUCUUGGGCUGCGAAUGGCAUGGCCGGCGGCGAAUUGCACCAACCUGGUGUCAUGCGCCGUGGCGGAAACCGCUACAACAACAAUCGUUCCGGACCUUACGAUCGCCGUGGCAAUCGGCACGGGACCCAGGGCUUCGGCCGCAUGAGCCCGGGCCGUGGCAUGCUUAACAUGGGAUCCGGUGGCCGUCUCCCCGCCGCUGCUGGUGCUCCCUACAUUCCACCCGGUCAUCCGGCCGCGGCUUUUGCUGGUGCGGGAGGUUUCCCUGACGCGAUUGGCUCCGGCGCUUCUCAGCAAGCCAUGGGGCCGCGUGAAGCUGUUCAGGGUCGUAGCCUGAAAAGCUAUGAGGAUCUUGACGCUGUCGGUGGUGCUGGGAGCGGCGAGUUGAACUACUGA